GUUUCCAGCUGAGCGCGUACUCUCUCCCAGCGCGUGUGCGUGCGUGUGUAUGUUGUUAUUAUUGUGGCGCUCUCCGCCGCGCGCAGAAUGGCUAGAUUCACCCAGACUGAAGCGAGAAGGCAUCAGCAUCCCCAGCAGCAUCCUCAGCCUGCCCACGCCAGCCUGCUCUUCACUGGACCGGGGGCGGUACCGAGCCAGGCAGCGGCACCACUGCUCCUGAUCCCGCACCAGCCCCAGUACGCGCACAUCACCUUCCCCAAGCCCAUGAACGGCUCCGAGUCCAUCUCCAUCCACUCCGACAACGGCACCAUGAAAGACCAGGAUGCCAUCAAGCUCUUUAUAGGACAGAUCCCGCGCAACCUGGAGGAGAAAGACCUCAAACCUCUUUUUGAACAGUUUGGGAAGAUCCACGAGCUGACUGUCCUCAAGGACCGUUAUACUGGGAUGCACAAAGGCUGUGCAUUUCUCACCUACUGUGCUCGUGAAUCAGCCAUCAAAGCCCAGAAUGCACUGCAUGAACAGAAGACUCUACCAGGGAUGACACGGCCUAUUCAGGUUAAGCCAGCGGACAGUGAGAGUCGAGGAGAGGACAGGAAGUUGUUCGUGGGGAUGCUGAAUAAGCAGCAGACGGAGGAAGACGUUUAUCGUCUUUUCGAGCCUUACGGAGUUAUUGAAGAGUGUACAGUAUUAAGAGGCCCUGAUGGAAACAGUAAAGGUUGUGCCUUUGUAAAGUUUUCAACACACACUGAGGCUCAGUCAGCUAUCAGUGGACUGCAUGGAAGCCAGACAAUGCCUGGAGCUUCGUCCAGUUUGGUGGUAAAGUUCGCCGACACUGAUAAAGAGAGAACCAUUCGCCGCAUGCAACAGAUGGUCGGUCAGUUUGGCAUCUUCAACCCUGCCGUGGCCCUGCCUUUCAGCACCUACAGCAGUACCUACAGCACAUACACACAUGCGUUAAUGCAGCAGCAGGCUGCGAUUAUGGCCGCCUCUCAUGGCGGAUACUUAGCGCCUAGCGUGGCGUUUCCUGCAACCCAGAUUCAUCAGGUGGGGGCGCUGAACAUGAAUGGAUUGCCACCCACCCCUAUGACACCCGUUUCAGAUGAACAACUUUGCAGACCGUUUACAUUGAUGGACAGCUACAUUACACACUGCAAUAAAGGUUUGAGCUCUCCGCCAGCGAAUCUGGCCUCCUCUGCCGUGCCAAGCAUCGUGACGCCCAUUGUUAAUGGCUUUAGUGGAAUUCCUCACCAGCCCAAUGGUCACCCAGUAGAAGCCGUGUACACCAACGGCCUGCCUGCAUACUCCACCCAGAGCCCUACGGCCGCAGAUACGCUCCAGCAGGCCUUCACAGGCGUCCAGCAAUACACAGCCAUAUAUCCUGCCACAACGCUGAGCUCUAUAGGUCAAACUCUGCCACAGCCCGCCCAGAUCAUCCAACAGCAACAACAGCAACGAGAAGGUCCUGAAGGCUGUAACCUCUUCAUCUAUCACCUGCCGCAAGAGUUUGGCGAUAAUGAACUGAUGCAGAUGUUUCUUCCAUUCGGCUCCGUCAUCUCUUCAAAAGUGUUCAUGGACCGAGCGACCAAUCAGAGCAAGUGUUUCGGGUUUGUGAGCUUUGAUAAUCCUGCCAGUGCUCAAACUGCCAUCCAGGCCAUGAACGGUUUUCAGAUCGGCAUGAAGCGUUUGAAAGUGCAGCUUAAGCGACCGAAGGACGCCAGCCGUCCAUACUGACCAGAACCGGAGCGGCACUUGUGCACUUGUCACACAUUAGAGAGGUUUUGAACAGUUGUAGUCUUGAUGUUUUGACGGAUGGAAACUUUUCUUGAAAAACCAACACACGAAAAAAGACUUAAAUAAAAAAACAACAACACCAAACACACAACCAAGCGUACGGAGUGAGAAAUCAAGCGCACGAGGGAGUACGGGAGAAACAUAUCGCAUUUAACUUAAGCACGUUUUCACGACGAUGAAAGAACGGCGUAACGGGGGACGACGACGACGGCGGCGUGGGAGGAAAUGAGGACAAAACAAACAAACAAACUGAAACUUUUUUCUUUCUCUCUUUGGAAAAACAAUACAUACCGAACACUUUGGAAGAACGGUGCAUGGCCGCAACUUGUAGAGUUCACAAAAGCAAACGACUGACUUAGAAGCAAAAGAAGAAUUCAUGCACAUAUCAAAAGACGAUCUUCUAAUGGAAACCGUCAGUCACUGCUUUUACUUCUGCGGAAUAAUGAGGGUUUAAUGUUGAAGAUCCAAGGUAAACCGUCAUUUGGACGGAUAGCGUUCUCUCUUUCUCUCUCUUUCUCUCUCUAUAUAUAUAUAUUUAUUCCCUCUCUCUUGCAGAGCUUGUGUAUAUGACACUGGCGCAGAAUAAUGAACUCUCUCUCACCCGUAGGGACCUGAGGACCAAAUCUUUUUAUUCGAUGUCGGUAUCGUAACGAUGUACAAUAUUACCACACUGAUUGAUUAUCUUACACUGCAUACAUGCUAUUCAUAUAAUAUGCCAAUUAAGAGUUAGACACAAUUACUUCAGGGUGUAUAAUGUAGGUUUACGGGGUACGUUUUAUUGAAAAACUUAGUUUCCAGGUUACUGGAGCAAAAUGGAUAUUGAUAGAUUACGUUUAGUGGGGUAUUUUAGACUAUUGUUAUAAAUUACAAAGUGUUGAUACCGAAUUGUUAUGGGCACAUUCUGAAUUGCUGUUCAUCGUCAAGUCUCAUUUCAGAAAGUUGGAAAUUUUUACAAAGAAAAGGGCCAUUGCGGUAUCAUUUCAUUCAUGCACCACUUAGAAAAAAAUACGAGAGCCACUAGUUUGUCAUUUUUGCCAAACAACAGCUAUUGAGCUUUGCCGUUUCUCAAGGAAAUGUCACUCCUGUGCACCACCGAAACGUCUUUGAGUGGCCAUUUUAAAGAUCGUGGCUGUAAUCUUUGGAUUUACAGUGUGACAACUUUUUAAUCUUAGCUUUUCAAGUAGUUCACUAUGUUACUUUUAUAUAUUUUCUUGCAUUGUGACACAUAUUUAGCUUGCUUACUUCUUCUUCUAAGUUAUGUUUUCGGGGCUUUUUUUAGACAGAAUAGUUGGUGUUGGGUGGAAAUAGGCAAGCGGCAGAGCAGGAUCGGCAAAGGACCUCAGAGACGGGAAUCAAAUUCGGGGUGCCGGGCGCACGCUGGUGCUAAUCUAGCUUGCCUACUUCUAAUGCUAUACAUUUUGUGUAGUGUCCAACCAUAUUGUUGUUCAAAAAUUUGCUAAAUAUGUACCCCGGCUGUCCUUGGGGCAAUACCCUUUAAAAAGUUCCUAUUUGUACCAUUAGGUAUACAUACUGUAUACAUUUGGUACCAUUAUGUACCUUUGACUUACUAAUGUGACCCGUGCCGGCAAAAUGAGUCGAAAUAAGCAAAAGUCAGCAAAAGUCAAUUUUGAGAAAAAUCAAGUUGAAGAUUUUUGAGGUUCAGAAGCAAAAUCACCAAAUCCAUACCUUAAAAUCACUGGUAAACUAAUAGAUUUAACACACACACAGUCAAAAACAAUACAAUAGGAAAAAUAUAUUAAACUUUUUUCUUUCUUUUUUUGUUUGAUUGAAAUUGAGACAGAUAAAUUUGUAAAACUGUAAUUUUGUGUAGGUGUGUAUAUAUCAGGGUCGAGUGCUUGCGCAUCUGUCCAUGCAUUGGAUCUGUCAGUCAGUGCGAGGACGAUUGUUUUCAUGUCUUAUCUCUCUUAAUAACUCUUUAAACAUCAAGCAAGUCCUGCACUUUAUUUUCUAAUUGCUGAGUGUUUUAAAACUGAAGCCAAAAUGUCACGCGUAUGUGUAUGGGCACGCAUCUUUGAAUAGGUUAAGCAUUUGGGACGGUACACCUCUCAGAAAACGUAUAAAUAAAAUUGAUGUUUAUCGACUAUUUAGCGCAUUGAGAUCGCUAGACAAGAACUUUAUGCACUUAUUUUAAAAAAAGACACAAAUCAACAUUUAUACUUUCUUGUGUCUCUAUCUCAAAAUGACACGGUGCGCAUUCUAACUUAUUUUGCCAGCACGAGUCACAUUUAAACUCUUUAGCUGUCUUUUUUUAAAGGGUACUGCCCUGGUGGCAGCUGGGGUACAUAUUUUGACAAUUUUUUCCAUGUUUUGAGACACAGACGUUUCCCAAUAUACCUGAAGAUUCUAUUAAAAAAGGCCACGAAAACACAUUGCGGUGAUGCAUCUGAGCUUGACGUUUCUAUUGAGAAUGGGCUGUUUAGACAGAAUUCAGGAAACCUUUAAUUUAGAUGCAGCCUACAAUCGUGCCAUAGUGAAACAUGAAGCUUUGAAAUUGUUUCAGUGACUAUGCUGUUUGCCAGAAGAGCCUUCUAGAGCAUUUCUAUUAGACAAAUCAGACCACAUGACAGCGUAACACAGCACACGGAGAAAUCGAGUCUCGGUACACGCCUGUAACCUUGAGACACGUUUGAUAAAGUAGUUCUCCUCUAUUCAUGCUUUAUUCAGGUAUUUCAUGUAGUAGGUUCACUUAAAUGAACUUUGUAUUUGCUCAUAGUUACACUGUAUUGUGCAUGCCUAUGUAUACGUAGUACUUAUGUAGAGCCGGGGCCACAGGUUUGGCCUGAAUGACCAAGGAAAAUGGCAGUAGUCUUGGACAGAAACGUUCGGUGGUGGAAGCGUAUGUAAACAAACCAGCGGACCGUCAGCAGCACAUGCGAUGCAUUUAAAGUCAACAUGCAAUCUUUAUAGACCCUCUUUACGUUUUUAAACAUUGUUUCUGGUACAUGAUUCACCGAUGCACGUUAUUCCAAAGAAAAACAUUGUUGUAAUCUUUCAUAAGCAUGUAAAUGCCCCUCAUUCGAAACAGACGAAAUAUGUUUUUCCUCGCUGAUGUCCCAGCUAACAGAGAAUUGUUCUAAAAACGUUCCUUGACGUUUUCAAUGUUCCCAAAAAACGUUAUGCCAACAUAAAAAGAUAACAUUAGAGAAAUGUUAGAUUCAAUCAAUUUCAAACAUUAUGACAAUUUCAUGUUUUAAUGUUCACAGAAUGUUUAAAACAACUGUUUGCUUUGUGUUUUAUACACACAGUUAAUGCAACCAGGGAAAAACUAGCAACACAAUGUCAAGGGUCAAGAGUCCAACUAAAACAGUCAUGUGAUUGUACAGUUCAUAUGUCUGUAAAUUUGACAAAACUAAUAUAAACAAAAUAUAAAAGAGUCAAGCUGAAACAAACACUGAUCACCAUAAUGGUGACUUUAAAUGAAACACAUCAUCAACAUCUAAGCCUAUUGAGUGAAUUGUGUUUUCUACAGCAAUAUUUUAACAAAACAUUUAGAAAUAAUGGUUUAUAAGUUUUAAAAUAAUAAAAUGCAGUGUUUCUCUAUCAUUUACAUAUCAAGCAAAAUAGUCAAUAUAGUUUUAAACAUUGUGUAAUGUUUGAAAAUGAUGGAACGUAAAAUUUUUCUAACAUUCAGACAACCAAGAAACAUUCUUAAAACAUAAAAAACUUGACACUUUUUAUGUUGCCAUAACGUUUUUUGGAAACGUUCAAGGAAAGUUCUUAGAACUUUUCUCUGUUAGCUGGGGUUUAAUGCUAAAAUACAUCAGACUGCCGAAGAGGUUGAGUUUCAUGUUGACUUUACGUCGUGCUUAGUUGUUUUGAUCUACUGAACCUGUUAAACUUUUUCGGACCAAACGGUAGCCUGCAGAAUUUCGCAGUCCCCACGCACAGCUUACCGUGACCAAUGAACCGAACAAAUAGUGCCAUGUGCCAGAACAGCACAGGGAUUUUAAGGGGAAUUCACUCUCUGUUCUUUCUACAACAAACAUUUGAUGAGGAAAUGGGAAACGUGGCUGCUUGUCCAAGCAUUUAUAUCAGCGGAUGCUUGUCCUGCCUAAAGUAGAUGGGAUUGGACAGAACAUUUCUCCCCCACACACUUAAUAUUUAUGAGACAAAGUGGAUUUUGAAAUCUUUACAGUUCUAAUAAAGUACAUCAUAUAAUAUUAAGGAAGAGCAGAGUCAAGUUUGCUGGACAGCUCGUCUGUAUUAAUGUGAUGAUGUGCCAACAUAAAACUUCAACUUAUUGUUAAAAGGUUUUCUCCUUAUAAUGAGAUUCUUGUGAAACAUCAAAUUUGACUUUGAUGUUUAAAGAAGUUUUGCAUAGUGGAAAUUAACAUUAUGUAGAGAAUCAUGUCAAGCAUUCAGCUUUCUCCCAAAUUCUCAUAAUUGUAAUAGAAAUUAAUAAAAAAAUCGCAAUUUUGGGGUAAAAUAUAACAUUAUUUUCGUGAAAUUUAACCAGUGAUGUAGACAUAGAAGUCUAUACAUAUUUACAUAUCUAUUUCUCUCUUAAACUGUAACUUAAAAUCAAUGCAUUAAUACAAAUAUACAGCCGUUGAAAAAAAUAAGAGACCACAAAGAUUAUUUUUAGUUUUUCUAGAUAUAUUUAUGUGCUUAAGUAAAGGGAUAAUUUUUGUUUUAUUCAGUCAACUAAUUACAACAUUUGUGCCAUUCUUCCUAAUAAAAAUAAUGUUUUAUUUGCAUUUAUUUACUAAAAAUAUUGAAAUGGGAAAAAUGGUCAAAAUAACAAAAAAGAUGCAAUGUUUUCAGAUCUUGAAUACUACAAAAAAUAAAUCUUUUUUCACAAAUUUGUUAAUGUUUUAUGAAGUUUAUUUAACUUGAGUUAGUAUCUAUCCCAGUUAAAGAGGUGGGAAUACUCUGGUUUCGGGCUAAAAUUUCAACCUCGGAGCCUUCCCCUCGGACAGCAUGCCAAAUAUGCGUUAUCCAAUUUCCUAUUGAUUACAUGUUAAUGCGAACUCGUGAAACGUGUAUUUUAGGAACAAUUCAAAAAAACAUUUUGGUUUGAAUAACACUGAUUUUUAUUACAUCUUUCAUGGGUUUUGGCAUGCGCUAAGUCUUUGCUAUUGGUUGACUAUAUAUCACUCCUGAGGUUUGCUUUUGUUAAAAUGUAACAGACACUGGACUGAAAUGGUCAAAAUAGAAAUGAUGAUUAAAGGCAAAACUGGAGUGGUCUAGAUUUUUUUCUGUGGCUGUAUGUUUCGCUCUUAAAUAUAAAAAAGUGAUGUCAUAAUACAACCUUCUUGGGUACCUAUGGUGUCAUCCUCAAACCUUUAAAUAUGUUCCUGUGCUCUCAUAGAAGAACCUUUACAAGAUCUUAUGAUGUCAUAGAGUAACCAUCUAGAUACUGGUGCUUUAAAAGCACAGGAAGUCUCAGCUUUCUUUUUAAUGCAUGAUACGCAGAACUGAUUUACUUAGCUGAAGAAUCUAUAAUGUAAAUUUUUUUAUCUCUACAGAACGAUAUUACUCACUCAAGAACAAAAAUAGUUUUUUUGUAAUAAAUAGUCUAUAAACCUUAAAAAAAUAUAUUUUAGGAGUGUAAUUUUAAUCUGAAAAUGAAUCUCUAAUGUGAGACUUAAUCCAUCAUGGUUUCCGCAGAGCUGUAUUUCGAAAUGUUUUAAUUCUCCAAAAGUCGUAAAAGUCAUAUUAACAUUGAUUUUUACUGUACAAUUCAUCAUUAAUGCAGUAAGAAAAAUGAAAGCCAGCGAGGCAAAUACCAGGACCACAAACAUUCCCGUUAUCAAUCUUUAGAUGUCUUUAUUUUGCACCUUAUAUUCAGUAUACACCUGUACAUAAAAUGAUCAUAUUCCCAAUUAUGUCAGACUUGUGUUGCAAUUCCAGAUUCCACAUUUAGUCAUGACCAAACUUGUUAUCUGACUGUUAAACCGUUCAAAUUGAUGACUAGCAUGGAUAGUGACUAGAGAUGCACUGAUAUAUAUCGACCUAUAACCGGUAUCAACUUUUUUUUUUUUUUGCAGUUUGGACGCUUUGAGCAAACGAAAAAUAAAAAGCAAAACUACCGUUAUUAAUGUCAUUCAAAGUAAUCAAAUAUUAGUAUUGGCACAAAGUUUGUAUCGGUGCAUCUCUAACUGUGCACCAGCUGCGGUAAAGGCGGCAAAAACGCACUAUUCGCGUGUAGUUGGACGCUUGAACAUUGAGUUCACUGAAAAAAGGUGUGCGUGAAAUUCUAGUCAUCCGAGACAUUCACCCAAAAAUGUGCAACAUGGGAGGGGCUUCUGCGACUCUGCUCGCUCCCUGUAAUCACGUGACUACUAAAGCAAACCCCUUAUUGGUUAACGUAGCGCGAAUAUCUGCCAAAGUUCUGAUUUUUCAAUUUGCGCGUUUCCCGCGGAAAUUCUCAAUUCGUGCGGAACGCACUAUUUGCGCGUACCACGCCGCAGGAUGCCUAUAAAAGUGACAUCAUCAUUCUGAGACAGGUUAUCAUCAGUAUGUUUGGAAUAGCAUACUACUGUACCAUACUGCUUUUACUAAUUUGUAUGAUACUGUCACAGUAUGCACAUUUUCUGUAUGCACGGAUGACCUUCACGUACUGCCAACGAUAUCGCAUUCAACAGAUCGCGACUUAAAAUGCAACAUUAUGAGGUCAUAUCACAUCAGACUAGCAUACUGCUGUUUCCAACGUUUGUUGUUACAUACUGCAUAUUAUUCACGCACGUUUUAAUGAAGUUAGGUGGUAAACGGUGCGCUAGCAUUUCAUACAGAACGUGUCCCAUAACAACAGAGAACAUUCCUAGCCGCGCGGCAGCUGUACCAGGCACAUGUGAUUUUUUUAAACCUGUGGUUAAAACUAACAUACAUGCUGUACUAACACGAAGGUUCACGUUCUAUUUCAAUUUUAUUCUAUUUAUUGCCAAAUAAAAAAAUAGAAAAAUAGUUCCUAUUUCAUAGCUUGCCCUGCCUAUAGUUAAUAAUUCACUCUUUGUGCAUGCUAACUGCUAGUACGUAGAGACACUUUUUUAGUAGAAAGGCAUAGAAAACAUAAAAAUGCAUUCUUUUUAUUUUCAACCGAUACCUUCAAAGGUAAAGGUCGAAGCUGCAAGGAUACCAAGGCACUAGCGGAGGUUUCGGUUAUAGUUCGAGUCGUGCCAUUGCAGUAAAGCUAUCAUGAAAACAUGCACAUGCUCUUCAGAUUUUGGGCUAUUUCGGGAGUAUGUUUUACAAACUGUGUUUUUUAUUCAUAUGAUGUUACUACCUGAACUAAGCCAUGUUAUCUUCUUCUUUCAUACUCCUUCAUACUGCCACAGUACUCUGCUAGAGCAAAGCUGCAUACAGUAUCAAAACAUACAAACCUCAAGCUUUCUAUUUCAAGCCUCACUCCAUGUUUGCUUUGGUUUUGUCAUUUUUGAUGUCAUUAUUUGUCGCAACACUCAGAAUGUUUUGUACAGAAGAAAUGCGUUGACAUGGGGAUUUAGGAUGUUAGAGAUUAUUAUACCAGUAUGAUAUUCCUGCGAAUGGUUCGACUCUUUAUAUAUGUCAAAGUAGUGGAUGCAAUGGAAUGCACUUGAAAAUGAAUUAUAUAAAAUGUGUCUUCUGUAUUUGAUGGGAUUAUUGAUAGCACAGAAACCUUCUUUUCAGGUACAAUGGGUUUGGUUAGAGUCACACAAAAGCUCCCGGUUAUUUUCUGUCCAGUAGUACCGAUUCGGGAUCAGCUCUAUUCAUUUAGAAAAAGGUCCUAAAGUGUAUACCUUUCAGGUACCAAUAUGCACCUUUUAGGUACCUUUUCUGAGAGUGUAUUCAGCCGAUCCAUACAGGCAUGAGACCAACACAAAACUCGGUGUGAAAGGACAGAAAUCAACAUAGAUGGAGCUGUGGGUUGGGUUUGCUAUGAACGAUUGUGUUAUAAUGUAGGGUUUCUUAGCACAAAACAGAUUUAGAAACUAAAUAAUGAAUCUAUGUUUAAAUCUUAUGGAGGGAAUUGUAGGACCUACGAACUCUGUAUGGUGCCCAUAACAUCUGUACGAUGAGUUGAAGUCCUUGGAUAGAAAAAACCUUCCUUUAUCUUUUAAUUUUGAAGAAAAACAGACCAUUAUCUUUCCUCCUGAACUUGCUGCUUUGACAAUUAAAUAUGUAAAAGGUUUGAAUUGUUGUGUUUUAUUUAUUGUUUCGGUCAUUAAUUUAUUUUCGUAAUUUGAUUCGAAUUUGAUCGUUUGCAUUUGUUUAUUUAUUUAUAUAUUUAUGUAUGAACUUUUAAGUUGAUCAUUACUGACAUAAUAUGUAUAAAUGAUGCUUAUUGGGGCUUUUUUCUGUCUUUAUUCUUUUUUCAAUUUUACAAUAAAAAUCAUAAAUGCUCACUAGCCUCUUUGAUGCACAAACAUUGUUUACUGCUGGGGGAAUAAAUUGUGAAAUCUCUAUAACAGUUUUGUUGUUACAAGCCACUGGCUUGGCAAAAGUGCUGAUAUUUAAUAUAAACAGA